CCUCCUCAUCCUGUGGCUCCUCCUCCUCCUCCUCCUGCUCCUCCCCGCCCCGUCGCCGAUGCAAUGCUGGCUCGAGCCACUUGGGGCCUCGCAGCCACGCGCUCCUCGAGCCCUCUCUCUCCGCCGGCCCGCCGGCCCGCGCGGCGACGGAGGGCGGGCGGCCAUUUUUUAAGAGGCCGCGGCGGAGCCGAGGCUGCUGGCCGAGCGGGGGGGGGGGGCCGAGCCCUCCGGGCGCCUCGGAGACCCCCCACGGCCGCGGAGGCCCGGGCGCCUCGCGGCGCGCGCGCCGCGGUCGAUCGCCUGCCUCGGGGCCUGCCUACACCGCAGCGCCAUGGAGCGGCGCGCCCUCCCGGAGGCGACCUCAGGCCCCGAGGCCCGUGGCCGCGCGGGCGAGGAGGGGGCCCCGCAGACGUGCGGCCGCGGCUGCACGCCGCCGCCCGACGAGCGGCUGCGGGCCCUCUCCCCGUGGUCAUGCGGCAGCGCCCCGGCGGAGGCCCCGAGGCCGACCCACGGGUCGUGGCGCCCUCGGUCCGCAGCGGCGCGGGCUCGGGCUCCGGCGCCGGCUCCGGCUCGGACUCGGCGCGGGUGCCCAGAUCUGCGCUGGCCCCGGGCCUGACCGAGACUCCAGCCCUCGAGGCCGGCCUCGAGGUCGUUGGUUCGGAGGUGGAGCCCGGGGUCCAACCCGGGGGCGGCAAGACGACGUGGGCGCGGCAGGCGUCUGGAGAGUCUACCUGCUCAAAGGCAUCUUCGGGCCUCACGAGCCUCACGAACUCUGCCUCUUCGGGCGACGCGCCGCCGGCGAGGUCGGGCGGGGUCCUGCGAGCACUGGACCCGGCGCUGCGACACGGGCGCUUCCUGAGGAGGAAGCGCGCGGAGCGGGAGGCCGGCGGCGCGGGGCCGACGAGCGCGUGCAGGAGCGGCUCGCCGGGGCCGCCCGCAGAGGACGCAGGGCCGCCGCAGAGCGCGCGGGCGAGGGCGCGCCCAGGCGCACAGUGCUUCGACAGCGUCCCGCUCAGCCCUGGCUGCCUGGUGGUCGUGAGGUCGGCCUCCGAGGGGCACGAGCAGAGCUCCUGUAGGGCCAGGGUCCUCACAGUGGACCGUGGCGAGGGGUCGUACAAGGUCCGGACGCGCGGGGGCUUCAUCCAGACUGUCGAGGCGGGCCAGGUGCAGCGUCUGGUGCUCCACGUCAGGUACGCGGACGACGAUGACCUAUUCUGAGAGCCGCUGUCAACGCGCAGCCUGGAGGAUGAGGGCGGAGAGAGGAUGUCGGAAUGCUGAUCGCGAGUUGCACUUCAUGAGCUGGGCGCGUGCGGCAUUGUUCUGCCUGUCCCUCCAGGACCUCGAAGCCUUGAUCCUCUCUACGUGUACGGGACCUGCCCCCGGGGGCGCAUGUGUGGUCGGCUGGUUCCGGCGCGCCCAGGCAGCUCGGGAUAGCCUGGCCUCCCUGCUUGACGGGAUCGGUGCCUGUAUUUCUACUGCUGUCCCUGGCCUGUGCGUGCAGUUGUUUAGUUUGGUGCUGGCAGGGAGCGCUGCCGAAAGGGCAUGUGGUGGUAUUGGACGAUGAAAAUUCAUGCGCGAACCAAGCAUGUCCAUCUCUCGUUCAAGUGCCGUGUGGGAUAAGUGAUGCUGGGGUAUUUAAUUUCAUGGCGCUGCAGCCCAGGGUAGCAGCGCCUUUCACGCAGCAGUAUCCAGCGAGCUGCAGCCCAAGGUAGCAGCUCAUGUACAGCGCUGGCCGCUGCCUCCCAGGCACUUUCUACUCAGAGCAAGCGACGCCCGCUGGCCGCCAAGAUGGCCCCUUAGUGGUCCAAAACGUUCCAAGAUGCUUCAAGGCGGCCCCCAGGGGCCACAAGAUGCC